UCAAGUUACACUGCGAACAGCCCUCUCUCUCUCUCUCUCUCACUCUCACACACACACACAAAAUCUAGAGUGAGAAACAAAGGUGAAAAUGGGAGCGAAGGGGCAAAGAAGAAGGGAGAAGAAUUACCAAGCGGCGCAUGGAGGAGGCUACAGUAGCAGACUCCCUCCGCCGCCGGUCGCCUCCUCCAUCGACGCUCUUCCGUCCAAGCUUCGUAGAAUCAUGUCUUUGGCAGGUAUUUUACCGCUCCUUUAUCUCUUAGCAGAAAUUAGCGGGGGAGUUCAGUUGGAAGAAGGAGCCAAUUCUACGGCUGCAGGAAUGAAAAGAAAGAGAAAUGAUGAGACUUCAACGGCACAAUUUAAAGAACAUGGAGAUGAAAUCCCUCGAUUUAGCUCGGACGAGAAGAAGAAAAAGAAGAAGAAGAAAGGUAAAAAAGCAAAUGACCUCCGUUUCGGGGCAGACGGUGAGCCAGUUGUAGCUGGUUCCAAAAGGAAGGAGCGUAAAAAACAGCUAUUGCAAGCAAGAAAGAACAAACACAAACGAGCCAAGACAGAUGAGGAUUUAGAGUUUCACGGAUGUGAAGAUAUUAAAUUCGGAGACGUUGUCAUGGCCCCGCCUAAGUUAACUUCUGUUCCUAAGGGAUUAAAGACAACCGCGGUUGCUUCACAAGAAAGGCUUCGUCUACAGGCGGUUGAUGCCUAUAGGAAUCGUAAAGCAUGGUCAUCAAGGCCUGGGGUUAAGCUUCCUCCACCUGGACCAGCUGUAACUACACCAAUCUAGCAAGAACGUGGUCUUUUAAAUUUGUUGUAUUCCGUUACUUAUUCUGAUAAUAUGAACCCUUUUGUAAGAACGAGAAGCUAGUCGAAACUAACAAACCCUUGUUCUCAAAUUUCAAGAUCUUGGCUUAUAUGGAAAUGUCUUUUUUGUCCA